UUAGGCUGGCACAGAAAUCCUAGGCAGGACUUGAAGAGGAGGUGAAUUCAGCUGGUGGAAGGCCUUGAGGGUGCUGAUGAAGACUUUGGAUUAUUCAUCUCCGUCACACCCCAACAGCUAAAAUACGCUUGAUGUUUCGCUUUAGUUCAUCCUUUUUUUUUAUCUCAUUGGAAUAUGUUAUAAUGUAAAAAACAUUAUUUCUUGAUAACGGGAGUGACUUAUCAAUACUUAAAAGACACAGAUAACAGGUAACACGGAGAACAGUGACACGAGGAUGGCCUUCAUGGGAGAAAUAACAGGAAGACUGUUCAAGUAGCGGCCCAGCCCCGCUGGAAAGAGGGGGAACGGGCCCAACCUCGGACACUGGCUGGGGCUGCAUGUUGCGCUGUGGGCAGAUGAUCUUUGCUCAGGCCCUAGUCUGCAGGCACCUAGGCAGAGACUGGAGAUGGAAGCAAGGGAGAAGGCAGACAGACGGCUACUUCAGUGUUCUCAACGCCUUCAUUGACAAAAAGGACAGCUAUUACUCCAUCCACCAGAUAGCUCAGAUGGGAGUCGGAGAGGGCAAAUCGAUAGGCCAGUGGUAUGGGCCGAACACAGUCGCACAAGUACUCAAGAAACUUGCUGUUUUUGAUACGUGGAGUUCGUUGGCCGUCCACAUAGCAAUGGACAACACUGUGGUGAUGGAGGAGAUAAGGAGGUUGUGCAAGGCCACUUCUCCACGCCCAGAUGCCGCUGCGUUUCCUCCAGACUCAGAACUGCUCUCUAAUGGGUACCCCCCGGGAGCUGAGGUCACCCACCGGCUGUCACAGUGGAAACCUCUAGUGUUGCUGAUCCCUCUCCGCCUUGGGCUCACGGAUAUCAAUGAAGCUUACACUGAAACCCUCAAGCACUGUUUUAUGAUGCCCCAGUCCCUGGGAGUAAUUGGAGGGAAGCCUAACAGUGCUCACUACUUCAUUGGAUAUGUAGGGGAGGAGCUGAUUUACCUGGACCCUCACACGACUCAGCCUGCUGUGGAGCUGGCCGAAGGCGGCACUUUCCCUGACGAGACCUUCCACUGCCAGCACCCUCCAUGCCGCAUGAACAUCGGGGAGCUGGACCCCUCCAUCGCCGUGGGAUUUUUCUGCAAGACUGAGGAAGACUUCAAUGAUUGGUGCCAACAAGUCAAAAAGUUAUCUCGAAUCCCAGGAGCCCUGCCCAUGUUUGAGCUGGUCGAGCGGCAGCCUGCACACUUCUCGUGCCCAGACGUUCUGAAUCUCUCACUAGACUCUUCUGACGUAGAAAGACUGGAAAGAUUUUUUGAUUCGGAAGAUGAAGACUUUGAAAUUUUGUCCCUUUGAAAAGACUAGGAAACUGACUUGCCUGAUCUGUGUUGCGUGGGGGGUGGGGGGUGGGGAGGGAAGCCCCUCUGAGAGCCCGGCUCAGCGGUUUUCACAGGCACUCGAUGACAUCCCAGUGUUCCAUCCAUCCCGGCGUGCGUGCAUCCUCGGAGCAGAGGGGGCACUGUCUACAUUCUGCCCUUGGAUCGAGAAUAUGUUUUCAUGGAAGCCUUAAUGCUUGGAGUCAGGAUCCUCAGCACAAAACACUUUCAGGAAAUGGAGAGGGUGAUACCUCGAUGUGUGAGAGGAGCAGAGCCGAGACUGUGAAGUGUGUCGAGCCUGGACAAGGUCUCCUUUCUCCCUGGUUGGCCGGGCCCUCGUGAGCAGAUGCGCUCAUGUUCCACCUCCUACCGCUCUAAGCUUUGGUUUGCAUUGGAUGUCAGUUCCUCGUUGUAGUUACGCAGCAAGAGCAGAGUAGACUGGGCGUCCUCAAGUAGAAGUCCCUGAAGCCUCGCAGAGUGUGUUGUGCCUGGAAUGGAGGGGACUGGACUCACAGCGAUUUUCAUCUACUCUUCCACAGAGUGAUGCUGCACUUGCUUCAUACUCAGUGCUUGUCUGCAGACACAUAAUUGUCUUUCUCUGUCUUCUUUAAGCUCUGUCCUAUUCCUUUAUUAUUUUUAAGGGCUACCCGUGGGGGUGGGAAUUGAACUGACUGAAUUUUAUUAUACCAAGGUUUCUCAUUUAAAAAAAAAAGUCAAAAUUGGCUAUUCAAGACCACUAAACACACACACACACACA